GUGUAGACAAGCAAAGCCGCAUCAGCACUCAGCCCCACACAAAAGAGUAACAAUAUUCCCAUCUCCUUCUCUCUCCAAUAUAUAAACCAAAACCCUCAACUGCCGCCGCAGGGUUUCUCUCCUCCACAGCCACCUUCCCCUUUCAGCUCCCAAAGUUCCAACAAACUCUCUCUCUCUCUCUCUCUCCCUCUCUCUGUCUCUCUCUCUCACACACACACACACGCCAAGGGAUCGAAGAGAGAGUGAGUUCAAUUAUGGCUCAGUCACUUGAGCUACUACUGAUUCAAUUUUUGAUGCCUGACAAUGACGCCAGAAGACAAGCCGAGGACCAAAUAAAACGUUUAGCCAAGGAUCCUCAAGUGGUUCCAUCACUGAUUCACCAUCUCCGCACCGCCAAAACGCCUAACGUUCGUCAGCUUGCGGCGGUUCUCCUCCGUAAGAAAAUCACUGGCCACUGGGCUAAGUUAUCCCCUCAACUUCGCCAGCUUGUGAAACAGUCCCUAAUUGAGAGCAUCACCAUGGAACACAGUCCUCCGGUGAGGCGAGCUAGUGCAAAUGUGAUCAGUAUCGUUGCAAAGUAUGCGGUUCCAGCUGGAGAGUGGUCAGAUUUGUUGCCAUUUUUGUUCCAGUGCAGUCAAAGUGCACAAGAAGAUCAUAGAGAGGUGGCUUUGAUUCUUUUCAGUUCCUUGACUGAAACUAUUGGGAAUUCUUUUCAACCAUAUUUUGCCGAUUUGCAAUCAUUGCUGCUCAAGUGCCUUCAAGACGAAACAAGUAACCGUGUCAGAGUUGCAGCUCUCAAGGCAGUUGGAUCUUUUCUAGAGUUUACUCAUGAUGAGGCAGAAGUGGUCAAGUUUCGAGAGUUUAUUCCCAGCAUUUUGAAUGUGUCAAGGCAGUGUCUUGCUUCAGGCGACGAAGAUGUUGCUGUGCUUGCUUUUGAAAUAUUUGAUGAGCUAAUAGAAUCUCCGGCACCUCUACUUGGGGAUUCAGUUAAAGCAAUAGUGCAGUUUUCUCUCGAAGUUUGCUCAAGUCCUAAUUUGGACUCGAACACUCGCCAUCAGGCUAUUCAAAUAAUCUCGUGGCUAGCGAAGUACAAGUCAAAUUCUCUUAAAAAGUACAAACUAGUCACACCAAUUUUGCAAGUUAUGUGUCCAUUGCUUGCUGAAUCUACAGACAGGGAUGAAGACGAUGACCUUGCUCCAGAUCGAGCUGCUGCAGAAGUAAUUGAUACCAUGGCUCUGAAUUUGUCUAAACAUGUGUUCCCACCUGUUCUUGAGUUUGCUUCUUUAAGCAGUCAAAGUCCCAAUGGGAAGUUUCGGGAAGCUUCUGUUACUGCUCUAGGUGUUGUAUCUGAGGGUUGUUUGGAGCUCAUGAAGAAUAAACUGGAACCAGUUCUCCACAUUGUGUUGGGAGCUCUGGGAGAUCCUGAACAAAUGGUGAGAGGAGCUGCUUCGUUUGCCUUGGGCCAAUUUGCUGAGCAUCUGCAGCCUGAGAUAGUUUCUCACUAUGAAAGUGUCCUCCCUUGCAUUUUAAAUGCCUUGGAGGAUGUAUCUGAUGAAGUUAAGGAAAAGUCUUACUAUGCAUUGGCUGCAUUUUGUGAGAACAUGGGUGAAGAAAUUCUUCCUUUCCUGGAUCCAUUGAUGGGAAAAUUACUUGGUGCCCUCCAGAGUAGCCCUCGUAAUUUGCAGGAGACUUGCAUGUCUGCUAUUGGGUCAGUUGCAUCAGCUGCUGAACAAGCAUUUGUUCCCUAUGCUGAAAGAGUUCUAGAGUUGAUGAAAGUUUUCAUGGUGCUUACCAAUGAUGAAGACCUCCGUUCACGAGCUAGGGCUACUGAAUUGGUUGGGAUAGUUGCAAUGUCUGUUGGCAGGAUAAAGAUGGAACCAGUUUUGCCGCCUUUCAUUGAAGCUUCAAUUUCAGGCUUCGGUUUGGAGUUUAGUGAGCUUCGUGAAUACACUCAUGGUUUCUUUAGCAAUGUAGCAGAAAUUUUAGAUGAUGGAUUUGCUCAGUACCUUCCACAUGUUGUUCCUUUGGCAUUCACCUCCUGCAACCUAGAUGAUGGUUCUGCUGUUGAUAUUGAUGAUUCCGAUGAAGAUGAAAAUAUUCAUGGAUUUGGCGGUGUGUCAUCCGAUGAUGAAGCGCAUGAUGAACCUAGAGUUCGUAAUAUUAGUAUAAGGACUGGUGUACUCGAUGAAAAGGCAGCUGCAACUCAAGCCCUUGGCUUAUUUGCUUUACAUACUAAGGGUUCCUAUGCACCCUACUUGGAAGAGUCAUUGAAGAUUUUAGUGAGGCAUUCUAGCUACUUCCAUGAGGACGUACGAAUGCAAGCCAUUAUUUCUCUCAAAUAUAUUCUGAUAGCUACACAAGCAGCCCUCCAAGGUCAUAAUGUGAGUAAUGAUCUAUCUUUCCUUUAUCACUGUACUUAGUUUAUCAUUUAUCUUUUCUUCUAUUGGCAUUUCUUUUAAUUUAUGGAUUUCUUGUUUGUCUGUGGUCAAAGUUAGCUGAAGAUUUGGGUGACUUAUCAGUUAUUCUUACAUAGUGCCAGAGGUUUUUGUGCCGUAAGCUUGAGACAUGUCAUACUGUCACGACCCAAAAUCUAGCCAUGGUUGUGAUGGCGCCUAUCGU